CAGACAGGCACUCAACCUUGUGUUUAUUACUGUUACACUAUUCUAAAAGGUUCUUCUAAGCGCUUGUAUACUUUGGUGAAAUGAAAAUGCGGUGUGGUAGGAAAACUUGGAAUAACUUAAAUACUGAGGAAUAACGGAGCCGGAAAAUAUUACUAGUAGAGCAGAGAAAAUAGCAUAAGGAAAUAUCUUAUGACAAUUCUUCUUAAUAACCCAGCUAGCGUACAAGGGAGGAAGAUAUCUAUGCUAUGACCAGAAGAAACUUUGUCGUAAUGAGAGCAGAGCGCGAGCCAGGCAGAGGUAAAGAUCAAGAUUAGUGCCGUGGAAAAGACGUAAACAAUGAAAUGAAUGCGCGCGCAGACUGAUAAGGCCACAAGAGGAAGGAGAGGAAGACGGGAGUGUAAAGUUUGUUUCUAAGACCCGUGACUCGUAUGACCCCUAGCUUGGUGUGACCUGAUCCUGCCGCCAUGGUCCUGAACAACGUGCUGGUGCUGUCACAGGUCACCACGUACCUGCUGGCUCUCCUUCUGGCGCUGUGCAUUAUAUUCCCUAUCUCCUUCCACCUCGGCGACUUCAAGGGCCACUGUCUUCUCUUCAGCAACGGCACCUGGGGGGAAACAGGCCAACUUAAGGUAUCCUGGGCAUCACAGGCCUUCUGUGACUACAACCUGGCCUGGGCGGGUCUGUCGCUCCUGGUUGCCCUCGUACAGAUCUAUCGUUUUGUGAUUCAGCUUUGUCGAGUCACAGAGAGUACCUUCCUAAGCGCGUUCUUCGAUGUGGUGUUGAGCCUGUUGAUGUCCUUGGCGGCUAUUACUGGGGCUCUCAUCAUCACCAUCGGAUACCAGACGUGGUGCAAUGCUAUCAUGAUGAGAUUUGAGGCGUGUGAGGACGCAACAAUCAACACUAUCGACAAAGCAGACGACAUAGACACUCGUAUGUUCUACACCCAUUUUGGCACAGCACAGUUUGGUGCAUGGACAGCCUGGGUGUGCUGGGUCGGCCUGACAAUGUUCGCAAUGCUCAAGCUAUGCAAGUACCACCAGCAGGAGAAUAUUCGGGUGUCAAUGGCCAGGGAACGGGCUCGCCUAGUCUCUGAUCGACACUCUCAGAUCAGCGGAUGAUCGGAUGGUUCUUGGCCGGACAGCUGCUGAGUCUUCCUGUCAAAUUUCCAAGCUUGACAUUAUUUUCCUGUUGAUUUUCCUCUCUCAGGUUUUUUUCCCAUUCUUGUUUUUUUUUUCCUCUCAGAUUUUUUCCUCUUCUUAUUUAUUUCAUUUUUUUUUCUGCUUCCAUUUUUGUUUUUCUGUCAAAUUGCACCUGUUUUUUUUUCUCUCUCUUUUUCCCCUCUUGUUUUCCUAUUGAGUUUUUCUGUCUCUACUGUCCACCUUCCUAGCUCUCUAUCUUUUUUUUUCUUUUCUUUUUUUUGGUGUGUGUGUGUGUGUGUGUUUGUAUACAUAGAUGUACAUAGUUGAGUUAUAUCCUGGAGAUGUGUGUGUGUGUGUGUGUGUAAGAGAGGGAGAGAGUGUGUUUUCAUAUCUCUCUCUCUCUCUCUCUCUCUCUCUCUCUCUCUCUCUCUCUCUCUCUCUCUCUCUCUCUCUCUCUCUCUCUCUCUCUCUCUCUCUCUCUCUCUCUCUCUCUCUCUCUCUCUCAUAUUUGAACAAGUAAACACAUCUUACUUUUUCACAUUGCACUUAGAAAAAAAAACACACACACACACACACACACACACACACACACACACACACACACACACACACACACACACACACACACACACACACACACACACACACACACA